GACGAAGAAAUCAAAUCAUACGGCGAAAAGCACGCCCACCAUGGCACACUCGGCGAUCAUACUCGUGGCCACCAACUCGGUACUGACCCCGAGGUCCAGGAUGUGGUGGUUGGCGACCAGAACGAGCUUCACCGAGAGCUCAAAGGCAGACACAUGCAGAUGAUUGCUAUAUACCUCAUGAUGCAAGCUCUCGCAGAAAUGUCCGUCUUGUACCCGAUCAACGGUGCCUUCACCAUGUACAUCUGUCGUUUCGUCGACCCAUCCUUCGGUUUCGCUUGCGCCUGGGAAUAUGCCAUCAGUUGGCUGACUGUCCUUCCCUACGAGAUCUCGGCUGCUGUCAAUAUCAUUCACUACUGGCCAGGGUCUCAACAUAUCAACAGCUCUGCUUGGAUUGUCCCGUUGCUAGUCGCGCUGGUAAUCAUUCAAUUCUUCGGAGUGCGCGGUUACGCCGAGAUUCUCGCAUGUAUCGGUUUCAUGAUUCUCGGAAUCAUCAUUGAUGUCGGUGGUGUGCCAAGCGACGACAGAGGCUAUAUCGGUGGAAGAUUCUGGUUCNNGAACGCACCCUACUCGGCCUUCCUCAACGGAUUCCAUGGCUUCUGCAGCGUCUUCGUCACGGCAGCCUUUGCUUACACCGGCACUGAGCUCACUGGUCUGGCCGCUGCCGAGACUAUCAACCCCAAGAAAGAAAUCCCCAAAGCCUCGAAGCAGGUCAUCUUCCGUAUCCUGAUCUUCUAUGGCGUCAACCUUCUUCUCGUUGGUCUGAUUGUGCCAGCAAACAGCGACGCGUACAAUGGUCCAGGCUCCUCAUCUCGCCACUCACCCUUCGUGAUUGCGAUCCAGCUUGCUGGCAUCAAGGUCCUCCCAUCCAUCUUCAAUGCCGUCAUUCUCAUUGCCGUCAUGAGUGUCGCGAACUCUUGCACGUUUGGUUCCACCCGAACAAUCCAAGCUUUGGCUGCAAAUGGCAUGGCUCCCAAGUUCCUGGCUUACGUCGACAAGAAGGGUCGCCCUAUCAACGUCAUCAUCCUACAGCUUCUGUUCGGAUGCCUCGCCUUCAUCAACUUGGACAAAGAAGGCGGUGGCAACAUUUUCAACUGGCUUCUUGCACUGUCAGGUCUUUCCAUUCUGUUCAUCUACGGUGGUAUCGGUCUUGCGCACNNGAAACACAACGGUCGCUCGCUCGACGAACUCCCCUACAAAGCUGCUUUCGGUGUUUGGGGCUCGUACUUCGUCAUGCUUGUUACCGUACUCGCGCUCCUUGCCCAGUUCUACGUUGCACUUUACCCCGUCGGUGGCCCCAACCUGGACGCUACGACAUGGUUCCAGGCUUACCUUGCUGGCCCUCUGCUUGUCUUCCUCUACCUGGUCUGGAAGGUGUACAGUUGGUUCGUCAGACCAGCGGACAGACCGCUGUUCAUCAGAACAAGAGAUAUCGAUAUUUACACUGGCAUGAGAGAGCUUGAACGUGAUACUGUGGGAGAUGAUCUGUUGCCUGGUGAGAAGAGGUCUCCCAUGCAAUAUGUUAAGGGAGUCUUCAGCUCUGUCUUC